UCGUCCAAUCCGUGUAGCAUUUGCAUUCGCUCUCGUCUGUCGCGUGUUCAUUUUUAUUUUCUGCUUGAAGUUGUGCGAAAGAUAACGUGUUUUAUAACCGUCUGUCGUUCCAAUAGCUGGAAUUGCUGUCUGAGUCCGGUUAUCGCAGCCUGUCGGGCGUCCGAACGUUUGAACCAGACACCCAAUUACGACCGUGCAGGCAGCCUUAUCUGGAACAUGUUUAUCUAGAGAAACCUUCCAGCGGCUGCUCAUGUUCUUAAAUUUACUGUCUCGUCACUUCUGUAGUAGUGCAGUCAGGAGAAUGCCGAAAGUAAUCCGCGAAGUCAUCAACACCGACUACGCUCCGAAACCCAUCGGACCGUACAGCCAUGCUGUGCGUGUUGGGCAGACCCUCUACAUAUCUGGCCAGGUCGGAUCGGACCCCCGAACAGGGACGCUAGUGUCCGGUGGCAUCGCAGCUGAGACACGACAAGCACUUACCAACAUAGGCAAGAUCCUGGAAGCAGCUGGUACCAACUUUAAAAAUGUUGCCAAGUGCACUGUUCUGCUGGCUGAUAUGAACGACUUUCCAGAGAUGAACAAAGUUUAUGCCGAAUUCUUUCCAGAGCAGCCACCAGCACGAGCUGCGUUUCAAGUUGCAAGGCUCCCCAAGGAUGCCCUUGUAGAGAUCGAGGCCAUUGCUGCCGUUGACACACAGAUAUGAAGCUUACUUUAAUGCCUGCCUUCGUCAACGCUUUGAAGUGUGUCGUAGCCGUCCUUGUGUCUACAGAGACUGCUGGUCCAACGUGUCACGGGAUUUCCCUCGGUUUGUUGGAAAGAUGCAUGAGCAUUGAUGAAGCCUGGCAUUGAGUACCCAAACGCUGUCUUCCAAUGAAAGCAGACGUGCUGUACUCCUGCAGACCAUUACAGUAGGAUUUGUCCUGUUUAGACCCUAAGUGAAAUGCAAAAAUAUAGUAUUUUUUUAGCAUUGUA